AUGGGCAAACUGGACGAUGAAUACGAUGAUGACCCAAAAACAGACAGCCACAGUGACAGACAGACUGGAAGCUUCAACCAGUGCAAACUCUGCAACUCGCCUGACGACAACUCGCUCCAGCCUAAAUCUGCUUCUCAUGGUGACAGCGCUGUCAAUGCUGAUGAUGAAGUAAAGAAGAAUGAGAAGGCAAAGAGCUGUGAGGAGGACGAAGAGGGACACCUGGUCUAUCACAUCGGCCUCGUGAUGAAAGAGAGAUAUGAGGUGGUGUCUACACUGGGAGCAGGAGCUUUUGGAAAAGUGGUGGAAUGCAUUGAUAGAGACAAACAGGAGCAUGUUGCUGUGAAAAUCGUGAGGAACAUUGAGUGUUUCCGUGAAGUAGCGAAAUCAGAGAUUGCAGUGUUGGAGGAGAUCAAAAGCCUGGAUGAUGACAACAUAUUUGCCUGUGUGAGGAUGCUGGACUGGUUCGAGUAUGAAGGUCACAUCUGCAUCGUGUUUGAGCUGCUGGGCCUCAGCACCUUCGAGUUCCUCCGACAGAACAAGUUCCUUCCGUUCAACGUGGAGCAGAUCAGGCACAUGGCCUUCCAGAUUUUCAGAGCUGUCUGCUUCCUGCAUCGUAAUAAGCUGACCCACACAGACCUGAAGCCAGAGAACAUCUUGUUUGUCUGCUCUGACUGCGACCUGGAGUACAAUGAUAACAUGAAAUGUAAGGAGAGAAAACUGAGGAGUCUGGAUGUGAAGGUGGUGGAUUUUGGCACUGCCACAUUUGACCACGAACACCAUGAAUCCCUUGUGUCAACACGCCACUACCGAGCUCCAGAGGUCAUACUGGAUCUGGGCUGGAACCAGUCGUGUGACGUUUGGAGUUUGGGCUGCGUUCUCAUGGAGUUUUACCUUGGACGUACACUCUUCCCGACCCACGACAGUAAAGAACAUCUGGCUAUGAUGGAGAGAAUCCUGGGGCCGAUUCCCCGCCAUUUGCUGAAACAGACGAGAAAACAGCAUUACAUUCACAACGAGCGUCUGAACUGGGACGAGCAAAGCUCCUCUGACGAUUACAUCAGGAAGAACUGUAAACCUCUGAAGCAGUACAUGUACAGGAAGAACGAGGAAGAGAGGCAGCUGUUCGACCUGCUCGGCCUCAUGUUGGAGUACGACGUCUACAGGCGGAUCACCCUGGAGGAGGCGCUGUGGCACCCAUUCUUCAGCCCGCUGAGGUCGCAGAAGCAGCGUAGCUAGCACACACACAGUCACACACACACAUUCUACACAUAUACCUCAGGCUGUAAUGUAAGUGUUACUAAAGCAGUUACUACAGCAAACUGUUUGUGUUUGCAUGUGUUGAAUGAUUUUCAGUUUCAUUUGCAGUCAUAAGUCCCAGAGAGCAUUCCUGUCUACUUGAAAUCUAUUUUUAAAACAUCCCAUCUUGAUUCACUAGCCUGCAUGCCACUGUAAAAAGUCAAUUAUCAAUAAG